AUGCCCGCCCCCAUCGCCCUAAUCCUCGGCUCAGGCCCCCGAAUCGGCUCCUCCGUCGCCGCAACCUUCGCCGCAAAGGGCUACAAAGUCGCAACGGCCUCGCGCAGCGGCAGCGGCAACAACACCCCCGAGGGCAUCCUCUCCCUAACCGCCGACUUCGCCGACCCGUCCUCAAUACCGCGCAUCUUCGAGUCCGUGCGCGCGACAUUCGGCGCAGCCCCCGCGGUGGUCGUAUACAACGCGUACCGCCUGACCGAGCCAGCAGAGGGUGCCGGCGUGCUGUCGAUCUCAGCGGACGACUUCGUGCGCGAUCUGAAUGUGAAUACGGUCAGCGCGUAUGUGGCGGCGCAGAAGGCUGUCGAGGGGUGGGAGGCGCUCUCCGCUGAGGAAGGCGUCAAGAAGACGUUUAUUUACACGGGGAACGCGCUGAAUACGGUUGUUGCGCCGGUGGCGGGGUGGUUGGAUCUUGGGGUCGGGAAGUCGGCUAGUGCGUAUUGGGUUGGCGCUGCUGAUGCGUUGUAUCGCGAGAAGGGGUAUAGAUUCUUCUACGCCGACGAGCGCCUUGAUUCGGGCGAGGCAAAGGGGUAUGAAAUUGACGGGCCUGCUCAUGCUGAGUUCUUUGCCCAGCUGGCGAGCCAUGAGGGCGAGGUGCCCUGGCUUGCGACGUUUGUGAAGGAUAAGGGGUAUGUCAAGUUCGACUCGAGCGUAUUAGGCUAG